UGAAGCCAAAUUUCUAAAUGAUUCACGUUCCUUCCGCAGGAAACUAAAAGCAGUAGCGCGGGGUCAUCUCAGACCUCCCCUUGGGACACCACUUUAAAUAGGGCGUUGAAUGUAAUGAAACACAAGGAUAAGUUCAGUAAGCCGUCGUCAGCUGGUCGUGUGGCCGGCAAAGGCUUGUCCAUGAAAUGGUCAGAAUACUAUAACGCUGGGCGAAAGGAGAGAAAGACCAGCUCGGAAAGCCUGGAGCGCGAGGUUCAAGAACUCAAGGCACAAGUCGCGUGGAUUCCGGAGAUAGUCGAAGAGCAUGUGCGAGACCAACUGGGAGCGACGAUCACCACCAUUAUGCCUACCUUGCUUGAGGGGCUGCAUGCGUGGAUUGCGGGCAGCCAACAGGGGCCGCCCCCGAUUCCCAGCUUCACGGGCAGCAACUCGCGCAACGCGCCGGCGCCAUUGGUGUCUCCGGCGGAGGUGGCAGUGGUGUAUCUGGCGUCGGCGCCGGCAGUGGAGCUUAAUGCACCCGGGUAUGGGAAGAAUACGCCGACCGGCACCUCGGCAGUAAACGGCCCCUCCGUCACUUGCACGCCCGCUGUUGGGGGUGCCUGGAAAUUAGCCAAGCUCGACGCCAUCACGGGUGCCGCCGACGUUCCAUGCACUCUCCUGCACUUCGUGGACGGUGAGUUGAUCGAUGUCGCCAAAGCCAGAAUCGUUCAAGCGGGUAACCGCGUGUUCCACGGUAAUCCGAUGCCACCCACCGUGUAGAGGGUUAAACUGGUUCUGGUGCUGCGGAGCUGCGAAGACUUGUUACCUCCGUAUCGACCCCUUGGUGCCGACGAAGAUGAUGUGAUGACCCCACAGACAACACCGCCAGUCGUGCCGGCGCCAAGCCAUGGCAGGACCGCCGCAAUGCUACCGCCGUUAGCUGAUCUGUACAUGCAUAUGGCACAGGAUCCGGACGACGACGACGGUACAUUUACCAGGGUUGAUAAGUACUUCAAUGAACAUGGGUACGGUGACGAAUUCUUGGGGCCUCCUUCUCAAGAACCCAACCCUGCAAAAGACGAUCAUGAUCUAGCUGGUACCGCGGAGAAACCCAAUUGCAACAAGCGUCGUCUGGCGUUCAGUUCUCAGGAGACGCCUCCAGCUGCCGCCUUCACCGAGUCUUGGAUAGCCAAGGUGCGAAAUAUUAUCAGCCCCAACACACUAAAGAAGGUUUUCUCUGUGCAGAACUCGAUCCCAUUACAGCAGAAGAAGCAGAAGGGAUAGAAAAGAAAAAAUAACAAGGGUGCGAGCUAGCCGGCACCGAGUACGAUCCGUGCUCAGGAUGGCCCACCUUCACCUAAGGAUAUCUCGAGGAGGGUGCAUGUGGCCGGUAGGCCAAUGCUACCGACUAAUCUGCUCAAUGCUGCAACCGGUGCUAUGCGGAGUCUGGAUGACAGUGUUCUUUCUUUGGAGAAGCGGCGUCUCCGAGAAUGAUGUGGCAUACACGGUUUUCAUGGCCAAGGUGCCAGAGGGCAAGGGCUUUGUCGAUAGCACCAUCGGGGGUAUGAUCGUCCUGCGGUUUGAUGAUAUCUUCGCUAUAUUUAACCUUCAUCCGCUGCACUACACCUUUAUUCGGGUAUUUCCGCUCAGUAUGGAGAUGUAGAUCAUUAGAGACUAGACCCCAGACAUCGUGAUAGACGACCCCUUCUACAUGCGUGCCAAGAUCUUGGGCAGCGCUGGGGACCGGUAAGUCACGAGUUCAUACCUCAAAGGAGUCAUUCUAGCGAACCCAGAUAAGGAUAACUUCCUCGUGCCUUACUUUCCCGAGUAAGUCAUCCCCUCACCGCUCCAUAACAUAUGAUUUCUUAGAUUUCGAUAGUUCUUUUUUCUAACAUUCCGUGUUUUGUGCAGU